CACAUUAUGCAAAACGGCAGCAGAUGUGAACCGGACCCACUGGGCUCUCUUCGGCCUCCCCUUCCCUUGGCUGGCCCAGCUGCCGGACUGGUCCCAGAGGCUGUCCUGUUCCUGGCUGAGACCAAGAUGGCCUGAGUCCCUCAGGCUCGGCGGCGCAGAAACGGGAUUGCAACAUGGGAAAUCAGGAUGGGAAGCUGAAGAGGAGCGCAGGUGAUGCUUCCCACGAAGGCGGCGGCGGCGGCGGCGGCGCGGAGGAUGCCGUGAGGCCCAGGGAUGCGGAAACCACAAAGAAGGGGAGCGGGAGCAAGAAGGCGCUGGGCCGGCACGGCAAGGGGGGAGGGGGCAGCAGCGGGGAGUCCGGCAAGAAGAGGAGCAAGUCGGAUUCCAGAGCUUCGGUGUUUUCUAACCUGCGGAUAAGGAAGAACCUUUCCAAGGCAAAGGGGGCCAGCGACUCUCGGGAGGAUGUGCUGGAUUCUCAGGCCCUGCCGGUCGGGGAGCUGGACAGCGCUCAGUCCCUGGUUACUAAGACUCCAGACCUCAGUCUCUCCGCCGAGGAGACGGGCCUGUCUGAUACAGAGUGCGCGGACCCUUUUGAGGUGACCCGUCUAGGUAGUCCUAGGCCUGCCCAGGCUAGGGUAGGGGUCCAGGCAGUCGCAGAGGAUUUGGAAACUGCGGCAGGGACUCAAGAUGGACAAAGGACCAGUUCUGGCUCGGACACGGACAUCUAUAGCUUCCACUCGGCUACGGAGCAAGAGGAUUUGCUUUCAGACAUCCAGCAGGCAAUUCGCCUGCAGCACCAACAGCAGCACCAGCAGCAACUGCUCCAAGACUCGGAGGAGCCCGCAGCGCCCCCAACUGCCGCCUUCUUGGGCCUGGAUCGGUUCCUGCUGGGACCCAGCAGCGGAGUUGAUGGGGAGGCCCCGGGCACUGGGGACGCAGGUCAGAUCUUGUCCGCGCUCUCCGACUUGCCUGAGAGUCAGAUCACCAAGCCCCCGGUGCGCGAGCCGUCGCUGUCCCCGAGAGACCGCUUCGCCUCCGAGGCGUUCAGCUUCUCCACCGCCCAGUCCGCCGCCGCGGACUCCCCCUCGUCCGCUGCCUUCCCGUUUCCCGAGGCCGAGGAACGCGAAGAGGCAGCCGGAGCCCGCUUGCCAGGGGCUGGGGACACCGACGAGGAAGAUGCUUUUGAGGAUGCUCCCCGAGGGUCUCCCGGAGAGGAGUGGGGCCCCGAGGUGGCCGAGGCCCCACAGAGGCAGGAAGAAGAGCCAGAGGAGCGGGCCCGGGAGCCCACUCUCCCUGCAGCUGCCUCCCUGCCCAGUAGCCCCGCGCCUAGCCCCCGCUGCUUCAAGCCCUACCCACUCAUCAAUCCCUGUUACAUCAAGACCACCACCCGGCAGCUCAGCUCCCCCAACCACUCCCCAUCCCAGUCCCCCAGCCAGAGCCCCAGGAUCAAGAGGCGCCUGGAGUCCUCCCUGAGCAGGGGAUCCAGGAAUGUCUUAACCUCUGUGGCAGCCCCGGCUAAGAAGCACCGAGUGGAGGGCGGCCUGGCUGGGGGACUCAGCCGCUCAGCCGACUGGACUGAAGAACUGGGCGUCCGCGCGCCGGGGGCCGGUGGCUCCGCGCACCUGGGGGGCCACGGGGCGACAACGGAUCACAGCGGUGGUGCGUCCCCGGCUCUGACAGCCAUGGCGACCCGGACGCCAGCGGCGGUGGAUGGCUUCCAAAACGUGUUCACAGGUCGAACACUGUUGGAGAAGCUGUUCAGCCAGCAGGAGAACGGGCCUCCUGAAGAAGCAGAGAAAUUUUGUUCACGGAUCAUCGCCAUGGGUCUUCUACUUCCUUUUAGUGAUUGCUUCAGGGAACCAUGUAAUCAGAACGCUGGCUCGAGUUCAGCUCCCUUUGAUCAAGAUCAACUUUAUACCUGGGCUGCAGUUAGUCAGCCCACACACUCACUGGAUUACAUAGAAGGGCAGUUUCCCAGGCGUGCCCCAUCUAUGUGGCCACCUUCCAGACCUCCUGAAGAACAACUCAAGCCCAAGGAUGCUGAAACAGAGACUCAGUCUGCAGUUUUGGAAAGUCCCAAAAAAGGUGCAAAUGCUGUCCAGCAGGAAGUUUUUGACCUAAAGUCUGAAGGACAGGCAACUGUCAUUCAGCAGCUGGAACGUACUAUUGAAGAUCUGCGGACCAAGAUAGCUGAACUAGAGAAGCAGUACCCUGUGCCAGAUAUGGAGGUGGCCAAUAGCCAUCAAGGGGUUGAGAAUGGCAUCACCCCUUCAGAUACUGUCUGUCUGGAAGCUCCCAAAUUAGAUGGGAAGGAUUUGCGGCAUCCGAGAGUUUUAGAGGCAAAAUCAAUACAGACUUCUCCAACAGAAGAAGGUGGGGGACUGACUCUGCCACUUGGCAAUGAACUGCGUGGUCUUCCAUGUACACCUGGGGCUGGAAAUGGAGAGUCCCAGGCAUCAUCUUUACCUGCUGGACCUCAAACAAAAUUCUGUUCAGAGAUUUCUUUGCUUGUAUCUCCAAGACGAAUAUCAGUGCAGUUUGACUCUCAUCAGUCCAUACCCAUGGUAUCACAGUUUCCACCAUCAACAUCGCACCCAUGGACAAAUGGUCAGAGUCAGCCUGAGUCACUGUUGUCCCACCCUCCUCUUCACUCUGUUUCUUCUUCCUUGGAAACCAGAAGUUCUAUUCCACCUCCACCGCCUCUGCCUUCCAUGGAUUCCUCUAGUUCUAUGCCUGGCUUGGGAGUGGCAAUGACCACUCAUCCCCCCACCUCAGAUGGGACAAUACCUGCUCUGCCCAGUACAGCAAUCCCCCAACCGCCCCCUCUGCCGGGAACUGAAAUGCUGCCACCUCCUCCUCCUCCUCUCUCAGGAACGGGAAUACCUCCUCAUCCUCUCCCAGGAAUGUGCAUACCCCCUCCCCCUCCUCCCCCUGGAGUAGGAAUACCCCCUCCUCCUCCUCUCCCUGGAAUGGAAGUACCUCCACCUCCCCCUCUCCCUAGACUAGGGAUACCCCCUCCCCCUCCUCUCCCUGGAGUAGGGAUACCCCCUCCCCCUCCUCUCCCUGGAGUAGGGAUACCCCCUCCCCCUCCUCUUCCUAGAGUAGGAAUACCUCCUCCUCCUCCUCUCCCUGGAAUGGAAGUACCUCCUCCUCCCCCUCUCCCUAGCAUGGGGAUACCCCCUCCUCCCCCUCUCCCUGGAGUGGGAGUACCUCCCCCUCCCCCUCUCCCAGGAAUGGGAAUACCCCCUCCCCCUCCUCUCCCUGUAAUGGGAAUACCUCCUCCUCCUCCCCUCCCUGGAGUGGGAGUACCUCCACCUCCUCCUCUCCCAGGAAUGGGAAUACCCCCUCCCCCUGCUCUCCCAGGUGUGGGAGUACCCCCUCCCCCUCCUCUCCCUGGAGCUGCAGUUCCUCCACCUCCUCCUUUGCCAGGUAUGGGGGUUCCACCUGUCCCCCCACCCCCUCCCCCUGGUACAGGAGUACCCCCACCCCCACCUCCUCCUCUGCUCCCUGGAUCAGGACCUCCACUCUCCCCACAAGUCGGGAGUAGCACUUUAUCAACACCACAAGUGUGUGGAUUUCUUCUUCCUCCUUUGCCCACUGGCUUGUUUGGAUUUGGGAUGAGCCAGGACAGAGUGAGUAGGAAGCAGCCUAUAGAGCCUUGUCGGCCAAUGAAGCCUCUUUACUGGACAAGGAUUCAGCUCCACAGUAAAAGAGACUCUAGUCCUUCACUCAUUUGGGAAAAAAUUGAGGAGCCAUCCAUAGAUUGUCAUGAAUUUGAAGAAUUAUUUUCUAAAACUGCUGUAAAGGAGAGAAAGAAACCCAUUUCUGAUACAAUCUCAAAGACAAAGGCUAAACAAGUUGUCAAGUUAUUAAGCAAUAAAAGGUCACAAGCAGUUGGAAUUUUAAUGUCCAGUCUUCAUUUAGAUAUGAAAGACAUACAGCAUGCUGUUGUGAACUUGGAUAAUUCUGUGGUUGACCUGGAGACACUACAAGCUCUCUAUGAGAAUAGAGCCCAGUCAGAUGAACUGGAAAAAAUUGAAAAGCAUGGCCGAUCAUCCAAAGACAAGGAAACUGCCAAGUCUCUGGACAAACCUGAACAGUUCCUUUAUGAGCUGUCACUCAUCCCCAACUUUUCAGAGCGAGUCUUUUGCAUCCUCUUCCAGUCCACGUUUUCAGAAAGUAUUUGCUCAAUUCGUCGCAAAUUGGAAUUACUCCAGAAAUUGUGUGAGACAUUAAAAAAUGGUCCUGGAGUGAUGCAAGUCCUGGGUUUGGUUCUUGCAUUUGGCAACUACAUGAAUGGUGGCAAUAAGACUCGGGGGCAGGCAGAUGGCUUCGGAUUAGACAUUCUCCCAAAGCUGAAAGAUGUGAAGAGCAGUGACAACAGCAGGAGCCUUUUGUCAUACAUUGUUUCAUAUUAUCUUCGAAAUUUUGAUGAGGAUGCCGGAAGGGAACAGUGUGUCUUUCCACUGCCAGAGCCUCAGGACCUUUUUCAAGCAUCUCAGAUGAAGUUUGAGGACUUUCAAAAAGAUCUCCGAAAGCUAAAGAAAGACUUGAAAGCCUGUGAGGUAGAAGCGGGAAAGGUGUACCAGGUCUCCUCUGAAGAGCACAUGCAACCCUUCAAAGAGAACAUGGAGCAGUUCAUCAUUCAAGCUAAAAUUGACCAAGAAACAGAGGAGACUUCCUUGACAGAGACACAUAAGUGCUUUUUAGAGACUACAGCCUAUUUUUUCAUGAAGCCAAAAAUUGGGGAGAAGGAGGUUUCCACAAAUGUUUUCUUCAGUAUCUGGCAUGAAUUCAGUUCUGACUUUAAAGACUUCUGGAAGAAGGAGAACAAGCUUAUUCUCCAAGAGAGAGUAAAGGAAGCUGAAGAGGUGUGUAGACAGAAAAAAGGAAAAUCACUUUAUAAAAUAAAACCACGACAUGACUCUGGAAUUAAAGCAAAGAUAAGCAUGAAAACCUGAACUCUAAAACAGUCACAGCAGCCACUUCUCCAAAAUUCAUCUGACUUGAGUAUGGGAAGGAAGUCACAUCACUCUGAUUAUUUUUCAUCUUAACUUCCUGCAUAAUCCUUGUACUUUCUAUACAGUUCACUGAUUAUUGAAUUUUACUGCAUAUUCAUUUAAAAUGAAAAAUCAGUACACCGGUGGAAAUUUUCCACUUCUUUUUGUAAAAGCUCAUGGUAUAUUAUACUGGUAGACCUGAAAAGCAUGUAUGAGAGGCAGUAUCUGCAUUAAUUCUGAACAUGCUAAACAUUAACCUACAAUUUACUUUUGUGGGACUCUUCCUAGUCACAGCAAAAUCACUUUUUUUUUUAUUGGCAACCAGGAAACCAUCAAUAUAUUUAGAUAUGUGGAUCAAUGUUAUUUCUGGUGAUUGUACUCAUUUCAUAUCUACCAUCUACAUAGACAUUUUCUAUUUUAGAAUACAAGCACCAUUUGUAUAUCAUAAACACUGCUGUCCCAUCUCUUGAGUUGUCCUCCCUUGAUGCCCUAUGAGAAGCAUGUGUGCAACCUGGUAAAUUACAUCAGAGUUGUGCCUCUGCUAUCCACCUUUAUACACACACAAAGUACCACUGGUAUUUAGAAGUGAUUUCAAUAAACAGUACUCAUAACAUUGACACAGUGACUAAUUCUCAUUAGCAAAACAGAACAGAGAUCGGAGCUACCUAGACCUGCACCCUGUUAAAUAAGCUUCUUUCUCUGAGAAUUUUGACAUGAUAAAGUUUGGCAUUCUGUGUUGUGGUGGUUAGUUAGGCCUGCAAAAUGAGAACAGCUACUUACUAUCUAAAUGAGUCUACAGGAUAAAAAUAGAAAAAUCUCCUACUUUUUCUGUGAGUAUUUUGAAGUCAGCUCAUGAUGCACUGUGGUGGUUCUGUCUAGUACUAACAGUUUUUCUCUAAUUAUUUUGAAUGGUAUUGGCAGUUACUGAUUUGGGGUGAGAGUUGUGGCUAUAAAGAAAAGAGGAAAAUGUUAUUGUUAUUACAAACCAAUGAUGGAAAGCAACUCCAACAAUGUUCUAAAUCAUAACUAUGUUUGUAUUUAUGUAAAAUAUGGUCUCAUCUUCUCUGUAUUUUAAGUGUCAGGAAGCAGUUGUGGUUCUUGGUAAUUGUUGCUUUGUGACCUUCCUGUCUCCUCAAUUUCUCCAGUGUGUAUAUUAUCAUUCUUCAAUGAAGUAA